AUGUCGCGUGAUCCCACAGACCUCCUCCCAGGCCUCCCGGACGACGUCGCGUCGCUCUGCCUCGCGCGCCUCCCCUUCUUCUCCCACCUCCCCGCUUCCGCCGUCUGCCGCAGCUGGCGCGCCUUCUUCUCCUCCCCGCUCCCCUGGUCCUUGCGCGCGGCGCACGCGAUCCGCCAUGGCGAUCUUUUACUCCUUUGCACGGGCCUCUGGACCAGCAGCGCCGGGGAACCCGCGCUGGUCUUCCACGUGUGGGAUCCGCAGCUCGACGCGUGGAUGCGCCUGCCGCCGCUUUUCGCGGGCCGCGCGUACGCGCCGCAUGCCUUCGAGGGCUUCUGCUGCACGGCCGUCGGCGCGUCGGCCGCAGCAGCGCCGAUUGCGGCGGGGAUGGAGGGUCUGGCGGCGGGAGCAUCAGUAGCAGCGGUAGGCGCACCAGGAGCGCCAAUUGCGGCGGUGCCAGCAGCUAAAUCAGCACUAAGAGCGUCGGCGCGCGGAGCGCCUGAGGGUGCGCGAUCCGCGCCGCAACCGGCGCGACCGUCCUUGUUCGUGCUCGGCGGGGAGUACCGCUUCUCCCCGCGCUUGGGCGGCAGGUCUUCUCUAGCGGAGCGCAUGCCGCACGUGUGGUGCUUGGACCUGGGCUCGGGUCGCUGGAAGCAGCUCGCGGACAUGUCGCGCUGCCGCGUUAAUCUCAACGCCGCCGUCGUCCUCCCCGCGCCAGCCGCCGCCGCCUCCUCAUCCCUUGUUGCCAGCAGUCGUAGCGCCAGUGGAGGCGGUUGUCGGCUUCUGGCGUUAGGCGGCUCGUCGGAUCCCGUGGGCAGCUACGCAACGACGCCACGUGGCGAUGGUCGGUUGGAGGAGCUGGGGGGGAGCGAGGAUAGGUGGUUGAGCGGCGGAGACGCGGAGCUGGAUGGAGAGGGGCGCAGAUGGGUGGGCGAGGCGCUGAGUCUGGAUAAUCUCCUCUCUUGCGACGUGUCAGGAAACGCUGUAGAAACGACAGGUGGCGCUGCUUCCGGGGAUUGCGCCGGGAUUUCCGCCGGGAUUGGCGCUGAUGCUGCUGCCAUGGCUUGUGGCAGUUUCUUAGGGGGGUUUCACCAGGCUGGUGAUCGUGGGGAGUGGAACGGCUAUGGUUUACACACUGCUGCCGCCGCGACUGCACCCGAUGGCGGUAGAAGCAGCGGCGGCGGCGGCGGCGGCGACAGUAGCAGCAGUAGCGGCAGUAGCGGCAGUAGCACCCGCAGCACGGCCGGAAACGCCCCGGCCGCGCCCGUGCACGCCACGUGGCGGCGAUUCGCGCGAAUGCCGGCGGGCUUCGACCCGUUGUCGCGCGUGUCCGCGACGGCCGUUCUCGGCGGGCGCCUGUUCGUCUUCUCGCGCUCGUUGCAGGACGACGCGGGGCGGAUCGAACGGCUAGAUCUGUACGAUCUCGCGACGGACGAAUGGAUACCUGUAGGGUUUAUCCGAGGGCCCUCGGAGGGGUGGUGCCGCGGCGCUGUAGCAGCGGUGGAAGGCGUGGGGUUGCUGUGCGUGAGCGCGGAGAGGCGCAGGCUGGGACUGGGGGAGGUAGAUGUGGCCUGGCUGGACGUUGACGCGCGGGAGUGGGUGGUGGUGGCGCAGGUGCCUGUCGCCCGGGAAUUGGGGUGGGCGGGAGCAGUGUCCGCGUGCCACGUGGCAGCUGCUGGGCGGAGGGUGUUUGUGGUGACGGAAGGGGCGCUAGUGCAGCGCGUGGGGUUCUGUAUGAAAAAGGUUAAGCCGGUGAAUGGGAUGCAUGUGCUGAGAAUCACAUGGGGUGGAGGAGCUUGGAGGAGUGGUGGGGUGGAGGUUAGUAACUUGGAACUGGCGUCUGCUGUGGUGGGCUGUGCGGCCCUGCACAUCUAG